UUUGUUCAGUGUGCCUGGAAGGGCUUUUCCGAAACAAGCACGUCAGCAAGGGGGCAACGGAGGCCUGGGCUGGUUCCUUUCCCACCUCCACUCGCCCAGGAAAGGCUGGGCGGGGCCGGGCGGUGAGCCGGGGCGGAGGUCCGGCGGGUGCGGCCCCGCAGAAUUCCUGAGGUGGGCAGGCCCUGCGGCCCGCCCCUCCCCGAGGCUCAGCUGGCCUCCGGCCGUCCCUCCGCACAGACCGGCCGGCCGCAGCCAUGGAGUUCGACCUGGCCUCAGCCCUGGGCUCUGGUUCUAAGAAGCCAGAGGGGACAGGCCAAGUGGGGGACCCCAAACACUGUCCUGCUAAAGUUCCGGCGGGCGCUGCUGCCCACAAGCCGAAGCAUGGUUCCGGCAGUUCCUCCGACUCGAGCAGCAGCAGCAGCAGCUCCAGCGACUCGGAGGCCGAGGGGAAGGCCCGCGGCGCUGGUUGCAAGAAGCACGAACGCCCCUCAGACAAGGCCAAGCAGCCUAAGGUGAAGAAGGACAAGAAGAAGAAGAAGGACCCCCACUGACUCAUUAAACUUGCCGCCCGCCGCGCCCCCGGCGCCCCCGGCGGCCAGGAGCGGAGGCGGCGCCGA